CCAUCAUGUUUUACCACAAAAUGUACAUGAAUCAGAUCCAUUCCAGUUCUCUGCUAUGUCAGCUGGCAUCUAUGUGGAAGAACCAGGUUCUCUGUGACGCAGUCAUAAAAGCAGGAAACAGUCAGAUUAAGGCACACAGGGUAGUGCUUGUUGCAGCAUGCCCAAUGCUACAUUCCAUGAAGAAUGCAUCUGUGGGCUCAAAUUUAGAAGUGAGACUAGCAUCUGACAUCAGACCAGAAGCCAUCAACACUUUCCUUCAGUACUUGUAUGAAGGCUUCAUGAUGCUGACAGAGGAGAACUGUAAGGAUGUAGAGAAGAUUGCACGUGUCCUACAGGUCGAUAGUGUUCUGAAGUGCUGUGCAGAUUUCUACAAAUGUCUUCAUGCUGGUGAUAAAUAUGAGUAUAGCUUUCACGAUAAUGUAGAAUUCAAGCAUGUCAGAGCAUCAGAUCUUUUAAAGGUUCACGAUCGAAGCAAGAGGGCUAAUGACUUGCAGCCAGCAAGCCCUGGAGUAAAGCGCCAAAGAAUUCAAAGCAGGGGACUGCCCGAAGCCUUUGGUGAUUAUGGAGUAAGUGACCCCUGGGAUAGAGUUCCUAGAGAGGGACUGUCAGGAAGCUCCUCCUCUAAAACAGUGCAGCCAGGGGUCAUUGAGAUAAUAGAGGACAGUGUUGAAAUUGUGCAUUCAGAUAAACCCGAGGAUUCUGGAGGGACACGGCGAGAUAAUCCUCAAGACAGAAUGUCUUUAUCUGUGGCCAGUCAAAUGAAAUCAAGUAGUGAUGUACAGAUCGUUAAUGUAUCCAGUGUAGCAGAGACCCCAUCACGUGUCACUAACAGUUCAGAUUCAUCACGAUUUUCAUCUCAUCCAACAUUCAGUCAUUCUCAGGGAUCAUCAAAUAUGAGUUUUAGACAUGAUCCAAAUUUCCACAAUCCAAGCAGUGCUUCAGGAGCAAGACUUCCCACAUCUCCCUCAACACAUUCUAGAAUGCCAUCUCCUUCAUCAUCUUAUCAUCUGCCACAGAGAACCACCACCUCAGCACACUCUCAGCCAAAGCCAUUUGCAGCAGGAAAUGCCUCUCAGGCGUCAAAGAGUUACAACACACCAUCGCCAGGAGAACAGCCGAGAUCUGCUUCUCAGGAUCAGUCACGUGUAACUGCAGGAGCUAGUACAAUAUCUUUUCCUUCACCUUCUUCACUGGGAGCUCCUCCAUCUUCCUCCCCAUCCACCUCCACGCAAGUGCAACCACAACCCGUGGCUUUAUGGAGGAGCAGCAGCUCAGAAGCAGUAGCAUCAGGGUCAACGCCAGUCUCUCACCCGUCAGAGAAGCCCCUACUUCACAGAUCAGAGAGCACACCUGCCACUACUGACACAGAUAUAUCCAUAGUAAAAGUGGAAAGUGAGGUGACAUACGAUGAACAGUUCCAUGGUGAUGACCCAGGUUUAACCUUUGACCAGGAUGACCAACCAGCGGAAUGGAACAGAGAAGACAAUUCCAAUGAAGAAAGCAAUGCAAGUGAAGACAAGAUGCCACAGUGGAUGACAGACAGUAUGAAAGAUAUUUCUAUUGUGUCAGUUACAUCAGCUGAAAUGUCUCAACCACCUGCACCAUAUAGAAGCAAUUUGGGGCGGUCCCCUUCAUUAGAUCCAGUUAAUUAUGUUUUUAUUGAAAUGGGCCAACCCCUUCCUGAGGGUUAUGUACGAUUAGAUGAGGAGGAAAAAGUUUGUGUUCCUUCAAGUUGGCUGAACCGGACGUUAAGCCAGUGUGUGGGAAAACCAGCAUUCUUCACUUUGAAAAAGCUAGUCAAUGGUUUUGUAAAUCCAUGGGAAUGUAAAUAUGGAGGAACUUCUGCCUACAAAAAUACCCCUCUGGAACCAGUUUUUAACGCUCUAUUGUGCUGGCCCCACGAACUGCCACCCCAGUCUGUAGCUGCUUCAGCACACUCCGUUCUAGGUUCAUAUACCCCCACUCAGUAUGACUUUCUGAAUACGGCUGCCAAAUGUAGGGACCCCAUCACUGGCCAAUAUCACUUGGCUAUUUCUGAAGGCCCUGGGUUCGAGAUAAAAAGCUGCCCCCACAAUAUGCAGAUCAUACGUGCGUAUCGGUGGAAGGUAGGAAGCAAAAUAGGACGCGAACAGGAAAGCUCUGAGGUGGUGCGAAGUAGUUUCGAUCAAAUCUUCCAUAGAAUUAUACCAACAGAAGGACGGAAGCAAAAGCGGUGCGUUCUCUCAAAUACAUCAGACGACAGAUCCCCGUCCUCGGGAGAGCCCUCUGGUGGUAGAAGUAAACUCUCCGAGUACAUCGAUAAGUUACACGAACUUCAAACAAAGGCAAUGUAUUUUGACAUGAUGCACAACAGGCCAAAAGUGUCACUUCCUGUAGACACGUCAGAGGUGACUGAGAGUGCUGACGCCUCCGAAGUUCUAAAGGGUCUAGAUUUGACUAUAAGAUCCUCACAACAAAAUCACGUGCCAAUAUACAACAAAGACAGGAAAUACACUCCUUGCCUAUAUUGUGGGAGACUGAAGAACAGAACUCGCUCGGGAUGGAGGGUGAACACAUUUUAUCGCUGCCUGCAAUGUGACGUUCCUCUCUGUGUAAAUGAUCGGAACUGUUUUGUACUGUAUCAUAAAUAUUUCCUUGGGAUGACCAAUGUUGAAUCGCCAGGACGGCGUCGAUCACGUGAUCUUAGUCACGUGGAAGUGAAAAAAGAAAGCAGUGGUUAAACUUUCAUAUAUCAAUGCAUUGUUAUAUUGAUGCUUUACUCAUUCAAAGUCGUGUAUGAAGCUAUGAGAAGUAGGAGACAUUGAAAUUUUAUGAGAUAACAAAUGAAUAUAAACUGAGAAGUUAUCCUCUGUGACAUACCCGGUACUUACAAACUUAAAAACUAGGUGUGUUGUAAUUCAUUGUACAUUGGUACCACAUCUAGCUCGUGUAUUUUGUUCACUGUCGUGCAUUCUUAUGGAAGCAAUCCCAGUGGUAAUUGUUGCAACUGUUAGAACUUUGAUAUUGUAUUGCUUUUCUUGUGUUAGUAUACAAUCACUUGUUAUGCAUCAUCUUUGUUGAAUUUUUACCCGAGUGUGUAGAUACAAAAUACCUAUAGUUAUACUUUAUUUUGGACAAAAUAUAAUUAUAGUUAUCACAUAUUUUUAUUGCGAAGGAACUUUUUACCCCUUCUGUAGUACUUAAUACCGGUUAUUAGCCAUGAAGAAGUCGUUAUUUUUCACUACUGUGACGUCACUACUGUGACAAUUUUCAUACAGGUAGUCUCUUCCUUGGUCAAUGAUAUAAAGCCAAAUUACGUAAUGAACCUCAAACGCACAAUUUUUGUCAUUAUUAUCUACUAUUGAAAAAAAGAUGUGUACCAGUAUUACAGUGCUCUUUGGUCGUAAUAGACUUGUAGAAUAUCUUGAUUUUAAACCGGUGACAUAUAUUGAAAUCUGUCCUGUGUUUUUGGCGUCACUCUGCUUUUAUAGUUCGUUAGAGACGUCUUCUUCACGCGGAGAGUUCAGGAAAUAUUUUAUUUCAGGGACUGUAUUCAUUGUUGACCUCAUGUAUGAUUGAAAUUAUUAAGAUUUUUAAAUAUAUUCAGGAAAUAGACCCAUUGUAUUUUAUAUUCAGGUCAUGAUUUUAAAUUGCAUAUGCAAGUUUUACAGAGAAAGUGAAUGUUUUACUACCAGUAGACUGUUCACUGGUUAUCUGUGUUGCUGAUGUAUACGGUCAGUGUAGACGGGGAAUUUUUACUCACUUUGUUUUUGCGCACUCUGUGAAUCUCUUAUGUUGAUUUUGAAGUUGUUAGUGGUGUUUUGUUUUGUUUCGUUCUUUCUUAAGAGGUAGUGCUUAAAUUAAGUAUAUUGUUAAGAGUUUAUAAACACGGAGCAAAAAUGAAAGUCAGCAAAAUAUCCCGUCGUACACUUAGUGUGUAAAUCUAUCAUUCAAAAUAUUACUUGAACGAUUUAAGUUCAUAUGAAUAUUUAAAAAAAAAAAUAUCCUCAGGUCACAGAUAAUGGAUCACCUCACCUAAAGUAGAUUUAUUAACAGGUCAGCAGUUUUGUAAUUUUGUUUUGCCAAACAUAUAUGGAUUGUUGAAUUUUGCAUAUUUUUUAUACUUCGUUGUAUACAACAUAUCUAGAUUUGUUUUCUUUUUUUCAUAUUACAUCGGACAAUAAAGAUCUAAUAGGAA